UGAGGAGGACCGAUUCAGCCUAGAAGCUCUCCGCAUGAUCCAUAAGCAAAUGGAUGAUGACAAAGAUGGUGGUAUUGAAGUAGAGGAAAGUGAUGAGUUUCUGAGGGAAGAUAUGCAAUACAAGGAUGCCUCUAAUAAACAUAGUCACCUGCACAGAGAAGACAAACAUAUCACCAUUGAGGAUCUGUGGAAACGCUGGAAAACAUCUGAAGUUCAUAACUGGACNNNNGAGGACACUCUUCAGUGGCUGUAAGAGUUUGUUGAACUGCCCCAAUAUGAAAAGAAUUUUAGAGACAGCAAUGUCAAUGGAACAACACUUCCCAGGAUAGCAGUAAAUGAACAUGCUUUCAUGAUCUCUCACUUGAAAAUAAUUGACCGGAGCCAUAGACAGAAGCUUCAGCUUAAAGCCUUGGACGUUGUUUUAUUUGGACCUCUCACACGUCCCCCUCACAACUGGAUGAAGGAUUUUAUAUUAACAGUUUCUAUAGUUAUUGGUUUUGGAGGCUGCUGGUUUGCAUAUACACAGAACAGAACCUCAAGAGAACAUAUCACAAAAAUGAUGAAGGACUUAGAAAGUCUCCAAACAGCAGAGCAAAGCCUUCUUGACUUGCAGGAGAGGCUUGAGAAAGCACAAGAAGAGAAUAGAAAUGUUGCUGUGGAAAAGCAAAAUCUGGAGCGCAAAAUGAUGGAUGAGAUCAAUGAUGCAAAACGGGAAGCUCAUCGCCUAAGGGAGUUGAGGGAGGGAGCUGAAUGUGAGCUCAGCAGGCUCAAAUAUGCAGAGGAAGAGCUAGUACAGGUUCGCAUGGCUUUAAAAAAAGCUGAGAAGGAGUUUGAGCUGAGAAGUAAUUGGUCUGUUCCUGAAGCUUUGCAGAAGUGGCUUCAGUUAACGCAUGAAGUUGAAGUACAAUAUUACAAUAUCAAAAGACAGCAUGCAGAAAUGCAAUUAGCAAUCGCCAAAGAUGAGGCAGAAAAGAUAAAAAAGAAGCGAAGCACUGUAUUUGGAACAUUACAUGUUGCACACAGCUCCUCCCUGGAUGAAGUGGACCAUAAAAUUCUUGAAGCAAAGAAAGCACUCUCUGAGUUGACGACGUGUUUGCGAGAGCGUCUUUAUCGAUGGCAACAGAUUGAGAAGAUUUGUGGUUUUCAAAUAGCACACAAUUCUGGGCUACCAAGCUUGACCUCCUCCCUCUACUCUGAUCACAGCUGGGUAGUUAUGCCUCGAGUUUCAAUUCCUCCUUACCCGAUUGCAGGGGGAGUAGAUGACUUAGAUGAAGAUACUCCUCCAAUAGUUUCACAGUUUCAUGGGUCCAUUGUAAAACCUCCCAGCACACUGGCAAGAAGCAGUAGCUUGUGUCGAUCAAGACGCAAUGUUGUGCCAUCAUCUCCACAGUCUCAGCAUGCUUUGCACUCCCCUGACCCUGACAUCCUUUCUGUGUCGAGCUGCCCAGCUCUUUAUCGAACCGAAGAGGAGGAGGAAGCCAUUUACUUCUCUGCUGAUAAACAAUGGGAAGUACAGGAAACAGGUUCGGAAUGUGACUCCUUAAAUUCAUCCACUGGAAGGAAGCAGUCUCCUCCAGCAAGUCUUGAGAUGUACCAGACACUUUCUCCUCAGAAAGUAUCCCCGGAAGAAUUCUCGCUGGAGGAAUCAUCUACAGGAGACUCCUCUUCUCUAACUGCAGAUAUUUCUAGGGGCUCUCCUGACUGUGUAGGCAUGGCAGAAACUAAGAGCAUGAUCUUUAGUCCUGCAAGCAAAGUUUAUAAUGGAAUCCUGGAGAAGUCCUGCAGCAUGAACCAGCUUUCAACUGGGAUCCCAGUCCCAAAGCCUCGGCACACCUCGUGUUCUUCAGCCAGCAGUGAUAGUAAACCCAGCCAUGAAGCUGCUUCUGUUCCUAGGAUAAGUAGCAUCCCACAGGACCUGUACCAAAAUGGUGAAAAAAACAAAAAGCCAUCAAAAAUAAAAAGCCUCUUUAAGAAGAAGUGUAAGUGAGGUGGGCAGAAGAAACCUAUAGUAAUGUUAUAAGAACUCUAUUUUUUAAAUCUUUAGGAAUGUAAUUCCAUUUGAGCAUUCCAGACUGGAUGCCCUAAUGGAAUGCUCUGUAGGUCAACUAUAUUUACUGACUGUACUGUCAAAGGUUGUGCCAGCUGUCAAUGAGAAAUCAUUAAAAAGUUCAGACAGUUUACAUUCAUUUCUGCCUAUUUAUUUCUUUUUUUUAGCUUGUCU